AUGAUGUGCCAUAAGAUCUUCUAUCAAAUCCUUGAUCUUAAGCACCAUUACUCCUCUGUUUGUCGGACAGUUACCGACUUCAUCACCAUUGGGGCCAUACGUUUCAUCCUAGAAACCUACGAUCUUUUUUCACGCCCCCUGUCCUUGGCAUCAUCUCAUAAUCUGUCACCUCGAUGGUGGGGUGAGCUGGAGAGUGGGGAGACCACAAUAGCAUUAACACCUGCACACCAACACAAGAUGGAUGAUUUGAAUGGCGAGGUGCGUAUGCCGCAAUCUAGCCAUGAGAGGAACCCGAUCGAGGUCUGUUUUGACCAUUCCGAUGUGGAUUUCGCCUACAAGAAUGCUGUAGAGAACAGUGCCGUGCUAGUUAGUGAGCCCGAGGAGAAGGAAUGGGGACAAAAGCUAAUGUACGUUCAAGAUAUUGACGGGAUUGUGGUGAGGAUGGGGAGCUUAAUUUUUUAA